AGAGUGUUAUAAAUAGGUCACAAGGGACCUGCACCUUCCUCCACACAAGCCUUCCUCCUCCACUUCACUCCCUCCCUCAAGACCCUAAAUUUUCUCUGCUUUCACUCGUUCUUUCUUCCUUUUCCCUGCGCCUGAAAAAUGGCCGGAAACAAUAGGUUCAUGGCCAGCUUACUUGCCCUCCUCGACGAUGACAAGUUCAUGAGAGAUGUCGUGAGCAAGCCAUGCUCUGCGACAGAACAAGUUAAUGUCAGGUGUUACUUGAAUCUCGUCGAGAAAAUCCUCAGCCAAGCCAUAGCCAUUGUGGAUGACGUUGCUAAGAACACUCCGCCAAAGGGUGACCAAUGCCAAAGCAAAAGCUCAACCUCACUUUCGUUAGAACCUUCUCUUCCUUUGUCAUCCACCAUCAAUGAACUAUGCUAUCAGAUUACUUGCAAGGCCCGCAACAACGAUGUAUACCAAACAAUGGCUUCUCUUUUCAACAUGUUGUCAUCCUUUUCAUGGGAUGCCAAGGCUGUGCUGACACUCUUAGCUUUAUCGGUGUACUAUGCCGAGCAUUGGCGUCUCGCUCAAAUUGAAGAGUCAGAUGACCUUCUAAGCUUAACGGCGAUGUUGAGAGGGUCACAUGCGAUUGGUAAGUCCUCCGACACACAGCGGAUCAAGGCUUUUGUGGCGCUGAAUAAUCUGAUCAAGUUGGCUUUGGAGUUCACCAAGUGCGCAGUUGAGUUUGUGAGCUACUCCAAAGAUUUUGGAGAAAUUUCAGCAUCAGUCGACAUAUCAGGCCAUUUUUAUUACAUCAUUGUCAUCAUACUUGGCUGUUCAGUUCAGUUCAGUGGCUUGAUCAGCAUGAGCAAUGAGUUCCUAGGGCAAGAUCUGUGGACCUUCUUGGAGCGUGUCACAACGAAAUAUGAAUCCUUCAAGAAAGAAGUGGAAAAUCUGAGAGAAAAGCACGUGGAGCAAAUUUCAUAUCAGAAGAUUAAGAAACUUUUCAAACAUUGUACUGAUAUUGUGGAGCUUAUGGCCCCACUUUUUGCACCAAGAACGAUUUUUCGACAGUUUAUCAAUGUUGCAAGAGGACAACGGUUAGCUUCUCAGUCCCAAUUAUCUUCAGUGGCCUUCGAUUACUGGUCAUUACUGUAUAUCAAUAUCCCGAGGAUGAAUGUAACGGUAGAGAAGUUCAAGGAUAAGAACGUGAUGCUGCUUAUUUCGGACUUGAACUUGUCGGUCGAAGAUCUAGGAACCCUACCAGCAUCUACAGAACAUAACGAGGUGAUGCAGAAGAAGUUCCUGGACAGGAGAUCUGAGAUGCGAUGGUACACAAGCAACUCCAUGGUCAGCAAGCCAGCAGCAAAGUUCAUCCGCAAGAAGUGGCAAUUUAGGCAGCAGACUAAGGUUGUAGUACUGAACAAACAGGGAAGGUGGUAA